CCGGAGCCGGCGGAGCGCGGGGCGGCGGCUGCGAGGAGGAGCCGUGGGAGACAGCGCGCGCGGGCGGCUGAGCAUGCUGCGGGGCGGCCGCGCCGGCGCUCCUCGCUACUGACCGCGGCGCCGCACCUGAGGCGGCCGAGGCGGCGGCCCCGGCGGUCCUGCUCCGCGCACGCGCCCGCGGCCUCCCGGUGCUGACAGCGCGAGCGCGCGGCCCCGCGGGAGCAGCACGAAUGUACGACAGCAUGUCCACGAUGGUGUGCGUAAAGGAGGACAAGUUGGAGAAACUCACGCAGGAUGAAAUCAUCUCUAAGACGAAGCAAGUAAUUCAGGGGCUCGAAGCUCUGAAGAAUGAGCACAAUUCCAUUUUGCAAAGUUUACUGGAAACGCUCAAGUGUUUGAAGAAGGAUGACGAGAGUAAUCUGGUGGAGGAGAAGUCGAACAUGAUCCGCAAGUCGCUGGAGAUGCUGGAGCUGGGCCUGAGCGAGGCGCAGGUCAUGAUGGCUCUGUCCAAUCAUCUGAAUGCCGUUGAGUCAGAGAAGCAGAAACUGCGUGCACAGGUUCGUCGUCUGUGCCAGGAAAAUCAGUGGCUGCGAGAUGAAUUGGCCAACACGCAGCAGAAAUUGCAGAAGAGUGAGCAGUCUGUGGCUCAACUGGAGGAAGAAAAGAAGCAUCUGGAAUUCAUGAAUCAGUUAAAAAAAUACGAUGAUGACAUUUCUCCAUCCGAGGACAAAGACACUGAUUCCACCAAAGAGCCUCUGGAUGACCUUUUCCCAAAUGACGACGACGACCCUGGCCAAGGAAUCCAGCAGCAGCACAGCAGCGCGGCGGCGGCGGCUCAGCAGGGCGGCUACGAGAUCCCGGCACGGCUGCGCACGCUCCACAACCUGGUCAUCCAGUACGCCUCCCAGGGGCGCUACGAGGUCGCCGUGCCCCUCUGCAAGCAGGCCCUGGAGGACCUGGAGAAGACCUCUGGCCACGACCACCCGGACGUGGCCACCAUGCUGAAUAUCCUGGCCUUGGUGUACAGAGACCAGAAUAAGUACAAAGAUGCCGCGAACCUGCUGAACGAUGCACUGGCCAUCCGUGAAAAAACGCUGGGCAAAGAUCAUCCUGCGGUGGCAGCAACUCUGAAUAACCUUGCAGUGCUUUACGGCAAGAGAGGAAAGUACAAAGAAGCUGAGCCGCUGUGUAAACGGGCGCUGGAGAUCCGAGAGAAGGUUUUGGGACGGGAUCACCCUGAUGUGGCCAAGCAGUUGAAUAACCUGGCCUUACUGUGCCAGAACCAGGGCAAGUACGAGGAAGUGGAGUAUUACUACCAAAGAGCCCUCGAGAUCUACCAGACGAAACUGGGGCCUGACGACCCCAACGUGGCCAAGACGAAAAAUAACCUGGCGUCCUGCUACCUGAAGCAAGGAAAAUUCAAGCAAGCAGAAACACUGUACAAAGAGAUUCUCACUCGGGCACAUGAGAGAGAGUUUGGUUCCGUGGAUGAUGAAAAUAAGCCCAUUUGGAUGCACGCCGAGGAGAGAGAAGAGUGUAAAGGAAAGCAAAAGGAUGGGACGUCUUUCGGAGAGUAUGGUGGCUGGUACAAAGCCUGCAAAGUUGACAGUCCAACUGUUACAACUACGUUGAAAAACCUUGGGGCACUUUACAGACGUCAAGGCAAAUUUGAAGCUGCAGAAACGUUAGAAGAAGCGGCCAUGAGGUCACGUAAACAGGGCCUUGACAACGUUCACAAACAGAGAGUAGCUGAGGUGCUGAACGACCCCGAGAACAUGGAGAAGCGGAGAAGCCGCGAGAGCCUCAGCGCGGACGUGGUCAAGUACGAGAGCGGCCCAGACGGAGGGGAGGAAGUGAGUAUGAGCGUAGAGUGGAUCGGGAUGAGAAAGAUGAAGCUCGGGCUGGUUAAAUGACUUGCUCAGCGUCGCAUGGCCUAGCCGUCCAGUGUGGCGCUCACUCUGUCUCCUGCAUGACGGGCGGCACCUCCUCCAGCUUUCCUUCUCUCUCCAGCGCUGACUGCUGUGUUUAGCAACCCUAGGAUUCUUGUCAGAGCUGCACCUCUCUGUGACUGGCCAUUCCUCUUGGUGCUGCUGUCCUUUUUGGGGGGUCCCUUAUCUCUGUAUACAUGUAGCUUUGCCAGAUAUGUACUUAGGAAUAUACACUGUAUUAAUAAAACCAUUUACCGUGUAAUACAUGAGUUUAAAAAUUAAGAGCGCUUAGCUGUUCACUUUGGUAAGAGGUAGUUCCGCGUGUCCCCACGUGUUACUGCAGUGGCAUGAUGGUGACUGUGACACUGGCGAGGCUGUCAGCAUAGGGCACGUGCUCUCCCGCGCCCUCAGAGGCCUGGCCAGGCCGCCCCGGGCCCCGCGUGCUCCCUCUAGGAUCAUAUGCUCAAGUAGUUUGCUGUGUGGUCUUUGUGUGAAAUUCGGGCAGUUCUGCUUUUCUCUACUAAUCUCUAAGUGUUCAGUGAUUUGUGUACUUGUGUCUUUCUAACUUCUAAUAAACUCACUCCAACUGACCUGUGUCUCGGUGUCUGUCUGCUGAGUAGACCUUCUCUCCCUCUCUGUGGAAUGCAGCAUUGCCGAAGCUUCUAGAAGGGGUGGGGCAGCUGGGAAUUCAUCUGAGAAUAAAAGUUGCUCUGUACA